AUGGCACUCUUCAACAUGAAAUUUAUAGCAAAUAUGAAACGCAGAAUAUCAAGCAAACAUACAAAAACAAGGGAUACUGAUGAUAUCAACAGUCGUUCUACAUUCAGUUUAAGAUCUCUUGAGCUAAGUCGCACAAUUUACGAAAAGGAACAUUCGGAGCACGAGGUGGAAGACAAAGGGAAGCUCCGCAACAGAGAUUCAAGCAAGAAAAAACAGGACCCAAUAUAUUCGGAACAGAUGGUUUUCUCGGUAGCCGAAAGAGAUGUCUCGGAUAAAACACGCAGUUUGCCAUCCCCCGCAGGGGUUCGUGAUGAUACAGGCGUAGAGGAUGAUUCCAUGCAACUGUCCUUAAAUGCGGCGUUAUAUAGUAAUCACGCAACAUAUACUAAUGGACAUCUUGGUCCUAAAUCUAUCGGUGAUUUUUCAGAGGCCGGGUCGAAUCCGAACAAACAACAGUCGCGGACACCGAUCAACGCAAUAUAUACCAAUGGUCAUCUUGGUUCAAAAUCUAUCAGUGAUUUUUCAGGGACCGGGUCGAGAGUGCAACAGCCGCAAACACCAAGGAGACGAGCUUCGCACGUUCACCAGAACUAUGCAAUCCCGCAAUAUCAAUCAAGAGGAUCUUGCAGUAGACCGCCACCACCAGUACUGGCGCACGAUUCGUAUUUCCAGCGACAUUCCGACGCCGGCUAUGCAUACAACUCAAACCUUAGAUCCCCAGGCCGACGUGUACCCUCAAACAAUAGUCGAAUUCAUUGUCGCAGAGUCUCGUUCGACACUGAUAAGAAUAUGAUAGGAACCACAUACGUGUCAUCUGUGUACGAGCGAGGUUGUAAGGAAUCAUGCAAUCGCCUUGAAUCUAAAAUGACUGAUAUGAAGAUCUACAAGGAACUAUGCCAGUAUAAGUUUACCGAAAUGGCGACACAUCAAGAUUCGAUGCAUAACAUCGAUUUUCGCCUGACUUAUGCUAAGGGCGACGAGAGGAAGGCACAAUUGAAAGUUUUGUCGAAGCUGGGGUACACCGUUCCGGUCCAACACAGAUGGCCGUUUCAAUAA